GGGGCAGAACAGAGGACUAGCCAUUGUUAUCAAUUAUUAUCAAAGUGCAAGAGUUUGAGCGUGACAAUUGAACAUUUCUGGAGAAUAACAGAAAAAUUUUUGAGGGGCGAAUAGCGAGUCCAUGACGGGCCCAUCGUGGGAACUGUCACCAUGAAUGACAUUUUUCGUACCUGCACACACACACAUGCGAAGGAUCACGUUCGUUAGCAGUAGCAGGUCACGAGAUAUCGGUGUUGACGCCCAUUCAUUCGUUCACCCCCUGAAAUCUCAUCCCUCCAUGAUCCAGUGAUUGUCACCUCUGGAUCGCCGACAGGGAGAAGAAUAAAAUCGAAUUCAUGGCUGACGACAAUUACUACCAGCAGCCUUCGCCAAAAGCCGACGAUGGCUUGGUCUUCCACAGCGAUUAUAGUGGGGCAUUGACUGAUGCAGACCAACGAAUGGGGCUGAGGGAUUCCAAUGGCAAUGGGAACCAAACUCAGCCAAAGGUAAUGGAUAUCUUUCAUCGACUGGCGGAGUGUCACAUCGAGGGUAUCGAAUGCGCUGAUCUCGAUUUUGAAUACGAUGACACCGAUACACAUACCAAUGAGAUUGCUGAGUUGUACAGUUACACUGAGCAGUACGAGCUUGCGCUCAAUCUCAAGGCCUUCGAGGAUCUGAUGGAGAGUUACAAGCUCCGGCCAUGGUGGCAGAACCUCCAACAACCCCAGCAAAAAUCAGUGAUCCUAAAGCUGCUGGACCAACUGGAAGUCUCGAACAAGCACUCGCGAAUGAAAGCAGCCCGUUGCAUUCUGUACCUAGUCCAGGGCUGUUGGGCAGAAGUCCAAUCCGACAAGGAGCAGCAAGACUGGACACGAACGAACGUCAUGAUGCUGUACGAGGCCGGGAUAUUCUCAGCAUUCGUCGAGCUCCUGAACAUCGAGAUAGAGAACAGUACAGCAGCGAGUUCAGCGAUGAGAAAGCUAGCAGUUUCCCUCGCUGACUCCGUGGACCUUCGAAUAAUCCUCUCAGUCCUCUACAUAAUAACCGAGGUCAUGAGAGAGGAGUCGAAGAGCCUGGAGUCGACGCCCUACAAGGACAACGUUCUGAACUUCAAAGAGGAGCUCAUUCAAGUCUACGGUGAGGACCUGUUGAUCGUGAAGCUCCUGGUGAUGGUGACGUCCUUCUGCAGUGGUUCAGCCCCUCACUUUCCCAUGAAGAAGGUCCUGCUGCUCCUCUGGAAGCUGAUCCUGGUGUCACUGGGGGGAAUCGACGAGUUGAGACGCUUGAAAAAAUUGUACAGAGAGGAGGCAGGACUGGAGCCACCCCAGGAGGACACGAUCGAGGUUGCCAGGACUAUGAGAGCCAGUUCGCCACCGACGAGUGCUGCUGACUUACUGGAGACCCAGGCAAUGGGCUCGCGGAAGGGCAACAGCAACAAACGUCCCUUCAGGGGGAGCUUGAUGAAGCAGAGUUCACUGGACGAGCCAGCUCUGGCCAUGGAGAAUGAGUAUGGCAAAGAGGGGGAGUCCGGGGGUAACGAGGGGGACGUCGAGGUUAUAGAGUGCGUGAGGAUGGUGCCAAUGUCGCAGAUUCCCAUGUACUGUGAACGACAGCUGGAGCUGAGACCCAGCACUCCUGAAUUAACGAAAACGAGGGGAUUGCCGUGGACUCCCAAAGUCAGGCAGAAGGAUGUCGCUGCCUUUCUCGACAGUUCGCGCCUCAAAUUCGUGGGGUACAAGCUCGAGGGCGAUGUUGAGAGCCUCGUGGGACUACCUCAUCCCAUUCAUGAGGGGGUCAACACUCUUAAACGACACAUGUACACGUCUCUUGCUGAGGUGCAGAUCCAGAAGGAGGAGGAGAUAUCCAGGAAUCCCAUGAGCACUCCUGAACCCCCACUCAGGCAAACACCCACUGAGAUACUCUAUCAGGCCAUUCUACCCAAUCUUCCGCAGUAUAUGAUUGCUCUUUUGAAGAUUCUUCUCGCUGCUGCACCCACCAGCAAAGCCAAAACUGAUAGCAUCAAUAUUAUGGCUGAUGUUCUGCCGGAGGAAAUGCCCAUGACUGUUCUGCAGUCCAUGAAACUCGGGAUCGAUGUCAAUCGGCAUAAGGAGAUCAUUGUCAAGGCUAUUUCGGCUAUUUUGCUGCUGCUGCUCAAGCACUUCAAGCUGAAUCAUAUUUAUCAGUUUGAGUUCAUGUCGCAGCAUCUCGUUUUUGCUAAUUGUAUACCACUUGUGCUGAAGUUUCUGAAUCAGAAUAUUUUGGCGUAUAUUGAGGCCAAGAAUAUGAUCCCUAUCCUAGAUUUUCCAAUUUGUGUGAUUGGUGAUCAACCAGAGUUGACUAUUGAAAGCCUCGAGAUUGGUGACAGCCAAACGUACUCGUGGAGAAAUGUCUUUUCGUGUAUCAAUCUACUUCGCAUUCUCAACAAAUUAACGAAAUGGAAACACAGCAGGAUUAUGAUGCUAGUCGUUUUCAAAUCCGCUCCCAUUCUGAAACGAACGCUGAAAGUUAGGAAUGCCAUGAUGCAGCUUUACGUCUUGAAGUUGUUGAAGAUGCAGACGAAGUAUCUGGGGAGGCAGUGGCGUAAGACGAACAUGAAGACCAUUAGCGUUAUUUACGCUAAAGUGAGACAUCGGUUGAAUGACGACUGGGCUUACGGAAAUGAUCUCGAGGCAAGGCCGUGGGACUUCCAAGCCGAAGAGUGUGCCCUACGUGCCUGUGUCGAUCAAUUCAACAAUCGACGAUACUUAAACACGAUAAAGGAUGAACAAUUGGACCCAGUGGACACGUCGAUCGUCUCUGUACUGGGUGCCAACAUCGAACUGACUGAUGAAUUUAAACAGCAUUACGAAUUAUGGCUGCAGCAGGAAGUAUUUCAGACCCAAAUCGAUUGGGAUAAAUUGCUGAAGAUCGAGAAUCAUGAUAUUUAAAAAUUUUCCAGACCAAAAAUCUCGGUACUCUCAAUUUCAAUGAUGAAAUCACAUUUUCUAAGGAGAAAUUUACGUUUUGGAGAUCCAAUUCGGCAUUAAAAAUCAUCAGUUCGAUCACUAUUACGACAUUACACUCAUUAAAAUUGUCAUUAACCCACACACGACUGGAAGGGAAAUUAAUUAGUCAUCUCACAGUAUUCAUCAGACCUUUGAGUAUAAAUUUUCAUUGUAAUUUUUUCUGUCUCAGCAAUAGCUGGAUCUUUCUUAACAUUUAUUUUUUAUUUUUGGAGAUAAUUUAUGAGGAGUAGGUGAAUGUGCUGAUAGUCCUGUAGAUUCUGAUGUGGAGUAUGACUGAAUGUGCGCACAUUCAGCCAUAUUUCCUCGUCACAUAACGAUUCCACGAUCUUGUAUGGAAGAAAUUAUUAUCCAAGAUCACUCAUGCUGUAAUUAAUUCCAUGUUAAGUACCCUCAAUCAGUAAAAUUGUAAUUAUUUCCUUCGAAAGAACGAGAACAACUUGAUCAACUGAAUUUGAAUAUAGUUUUAGGCAAAAUGUGGCAUAAUAGCUGUUUUUAAAGAAUUAUAAAUUACCAGUUUUGUUGAAUUUUCAAUGUAAAUCUUCAAUUACCGGUUAUUCUUUGAGAAAAAAACAUUUUGCAGAAUUUAGUGGUGACACGGGCGUGAAAAAAAUUAAUUGAAAAACCUAGCGUUUUCUGUGAGAAAUUCUAUUGAAUUUCUGUUGGAACUCCAUAAGAAUUCUUUUUCAGAUGUUUAUUAAGUUUUAAUAAACAAUUAUUUUUAAUAGAAUUGAUUGUAAAAACAAGUGGAAUUUUUCAAUUAAAUUCUAAUAGCAAUUCAAUAGAAUUCCUUAGAGAAAGCGCUGGGUUUUUCUGUUAAAUUUUUGCAUUCGUGCAUUGACUCAACGAUCAAAUAAUUGCAAGAUAUAAAUUUUUAUUUAACCAACAAUUCCCAACAUCGAGCUGAUUGUAGAAAUAUUCAUAAAGAACAAUCAAUGAUUUUAAUAAAUACAUGAAUUUGUAUGUAUAAAAUGCGCGUGGAAUGUAGCCCUUCAACGUCUCGAGGUAAUUAAGUAUGAAAAGUGAUGAAUAAAGGAUGAAGUACUCAAGGA